GAGCCGGAAAAUUCAAAUCCGAAACAUCCCACCCCAGCUGCGAUGGGAGGUUCUGGAUGGUUUGCUAGCCCAGUAUGGCACUGUAGAAAACUGCGAGCAAGUGAACACAGACAGCGAGACGGCCGUGGUCAACGUCACCUACGCCAACCGGGAGCAGACCAGGCAAGCCAUCAUGAAGCUGAACGGGCACCAGCUGGAGAACCACGCGCUGAAGGUCUCCUACAUCCCCGACGAGCAGUCCAUGCAAGGGCCGGAGAACGGGCGGCGGGGCGGCUUCGGGGCACGCGGUGCCCCCAGGCAGGGCUCCCCCGUCACCGCGGGGGCACCGGUCUAUAUCCCCCUCCGCCUCCUGGUGCCCACCCAGUAUGUGGGUGCCAUCAUCGGCAAGGAAGGGGCCACCAUCAGGAACAUCACCAAGCAGACGCAGUCCAAGAUCGACGUGCACCGGAAAGAAAACGCGGGAGCUGCAGAAAAAGCCAUCAGCAUCCACUCCACCCCCGAGGGCUGCUCCGCCGCCUGCAAGAUGAUUUUGGAGAUCAUGCAGAAGGAGGCGAAGGACACCAAGACAGCUGAUGAAGUGCCUCUGAAAAUCUUGGCCCAUAACAACUUUGUGGGGCGCCUGAUCGGCAAAGAAGGGCGGAACUUGAAGAAAGUGGAGCAGGACACAGAGACAAAAAUCACCAUCUCGUCCUUGCAGGACCUGACUCUGUACAACCCCGAAAGGACCAUCACGGUGAAGGGCUCCAUCGAGAACUGCUGCAAAGCAGAGCAGGAGAUCAUGAAGAAAGUGAGGGAAGCCUACGAGAACGACGUGGCUGCCAUGAGCUUGCAAUCUCACCUCAUCCCUGGCCUUAACCUGGCUGCGGUUGGCCUCUUCCCUGCCUCCUCCAACGCAGUACCUCCUCCGCCGAGCAGCGUCUCCGGGGCUGCGCCGUACAGCUCCUUCAUGCCUCCGGAGCAGGAGACGGUGCACGUCUUCAUCCCCGCCCAGGCGGUCGGCGCCAUCAUCGGCAAGAAGGGCCAGCACAUCAAGCAGCUCUCCCGGUUCGCAAGUGCCUCUAUCAAGAUUGCCCCUCCGGAGACGCCGGACUCCAAAGUGCGCAUGGUCGUCAUCACGGGCCCUCCAGAAGCUCAGUUUAAGGCGCAAGGCCGGAUCUAUGGGAAGCUGAAGGAGGAGAACUUCUUUGGACCGAAGGAAGAAGUGAAGCUGGAGACGCACAUCCGGGUCCCUGCCUCGGCCGCGGGCAGGGUCAUCGGCAAAGGGGGCAAAACCGUCAAUGAGCUGCAGAACCUGACGGCAGCAGAGGUGGUGGUGCCGCGGGACCAGACCCCAGACGAGAACGAGCAGGUCAUCGUGAAGAUCAUCGGGCACUUCUACGCCAGCCAGAUGGCUCAGCGCAAGAUCCGAGACAUCCUGGCCCAGGUGAAGCAGCAGCACCAGAAGGGACAGAGCGGCCAGACGCAAGCGCGGAGGAAAUAAGAGCAGCACCGACACCAACGUGAAAAGCGGAACAAGCCAAUGCCGGGCUUAAGAGUGGCUGGGAAUCAGUUACCGUAGACAGAUGCUAAUUUUUUCAUUAACCGAUCGAGAUUAAAAGGCAGUUUGAUUGGCUUCCGAGG